AUGGAGUCAUUCGAAUACGCCCUUCCCGACAACAGAACUGUACGUGGUCUCAAACAUAUACCACAAUGUCAAGGGUCCCUUCUCAACUCUCGCCCCCUGAUCGUAGCCCUACACGGAGGGUGCUAUGAUCACCAAUAUUUCGACGCAUCCCCGAAAACCUCCGCUGCUGUCGCAAGUAAUGCCUUCGGAGUUCCAUUUGUAUCGAUCGACCGCCCUUCCUAUGGUGGCACAAGCUCCAUCCUGCCUAUCCCCCAAGGCACCGACUUCUUUGAGCUUUCUGCUCUUCAGCUCCAUCAACAAAUUCUUCCAGAAAUUUGGCGCAGGAUUGGGUUACCGAACGAUUGCAAUUGCAUAAUCCUGCUAUGUCACAGCCUAGGAGUCAUCCCAGGUAUCAUCACAGCAGCUUUCCACGCACAAGAUGGAAAGCCACUAUACCCAUUAGGUGGUUUGAUUGCAAGUGGCAUGGGUGACAAGCAAUCCUCAGCUAUGAAAGGCAGUACACCUUCUUUCGCACUUGUUGACAAGGACCAUGCACUAUUUCCCCUGGAGGCAAAAGACCAGGCUAUGUUCAAGCCUGGGACAUUCGACCCCGAGAUUUUGGAACAGAGCGCACGACUCAACGCGGUGUAUCCCAUUGCAGAAGUCGCUGGAUUUGCGGCUCUUUGGCUUCCUACUUGGAAACAGAAGUGGGCAUCGCUUGUCUCAGCUCCCGUGAUGUUUUCUCUUGUUGAAGAUGACCUAUUUUUCGUGGCAACAGAAGAGGAGGUUGAUACAUGCGUUAAGGCAUUCACCAGGAGUACACGUGUUGAUGGGAGUUUUAUGAGAGAUGCGCCUCAUUGUGUGGAGCUGAGCUAUUGGUCCCAAGGGUGGUAUGCUCGAUGCUUUGGUUUUGCUAUGGAAUGUGCUGCCAGUUUCAAUACUUCCAAGUGA